UUCAAGAACAUGAAGUUUAUCCACAUAUGUUCUGAUACAUUCGUUUGCAACUAUUCUAUAGUCCGAUUAUGAAAAAUAUAGUAGUCCGAAUUUAUUGAACGUCUUACUGAAAUUAAAAUAUAUUUCUUACAAAUGGAGCAACCAAAUAACAUUUCCAUACAAGUUCUUGAAGGUGAUGCCAAGAAAAUGGAUACCGAACUGGCGUUAAGAAACGCUGAAGUUGAAAUUAAUAGGCUAAAACUUGAGGUGACAAGGCUAAGGGCGAUCCUGGAAAAGCAAAGAAAGGUCCUGCAGGAGGACGAGGACAGAAAAAGGGAUGCUAAAUUGAUUUUCUCAACACUGAUGGCUUUGAAAAGGGAUAGUGGUAGUCAUUUGAUAGAGUCUUCAGACCCACUGCUGGAACUCCAAGAAACCAGACCAGAUGACAAGCAAAUAGGUCCUUCAUUUUCCUGAAGUCACACCCCAAAAAUGAACGAAACUCUUCCUGAGAACUUUGUGAUUAUGAAAUUAUAAAUUGGACUGUUGUUUUAAUUCAAAAUAUUUUGGACAUCUUAAGUUAAAAUCAUGUUUUCUAUUUAUAAAUAGCAUUUUAUUUUAUUCAACUAAAUGUAAAGAAAAAACAAAUAUGUAUGUUAUUAAAAACUCCGUAAUUACGGUUUUUAAAUAAUUCUCUUAUUUAAUAAAAAUUAAAUAUAAGGUGAUUUUUUGUGGGAUUAGAAACAACUUGUACUCCAAUAAGAGUAAAAAUCACUGGUAUUG